UGUCAUAUUACAGGCUGUGACCUAAAACAGCAUGGAAAGUGUCUAUUUCCAACCACAAACGAGAUCGUUCUCAAGAGCGUCUUUACAUGGAGUAGGAGGUUAUGGUUUUGUUGAUAGGCUAACCAGAGACAGAGACAUAAUUAUUAAACUGAGUCCAGUUCAGUUGUAUCUGCAUUUUACACCAGUAACCAAACGAAGGACUCGUUUUGCAGCUGAUCUGGACGCAGUGAGGAAUUCUGGGAAGGAAUGGAACUGUGAAAGUAUGGCGGAUGGGGAAGAGCCGGAGAAGAAAAGAAGGCGAAUAGAGGAGCAGACUGAGAAGUUAGUGAUGAAAUGCUAAAAGCUGGCUUCAGGUUUGAGGAAUACACAGCGCAGGGAGUGUGGUGAAAAUUCACUCAUCAGUAAUGGCCGUAGAUGAAGGGAACGCAGGCUGUGACUGGGAAGGACGCUGGACCCAUGUGAAGAAGUUCCUGGAGAGACCUGGUCCCUUCACCCACCCGGACUUUGAACCCAGCACUGAGACUCUUCCGUUUCUGCUGGAGACAUGCAAGAUUCUGGUGAUUGGAGCAGGAGGACUUGGCUGUGAGCUUCUCAAAGACCUGGCCCUUUCUGGAUUUCGUAAUAUCCAUGUAGUGGACAUGGACACAAUUGAUCUCUCCAAUCUCAACAGACAGUUCCUCUUCAGGCCCAAGGAUGUGGGCCGGCCCAAGGCAGAGGUGGCGGCCGACUUCAUCAACAGCCGGGUCCCUGGAUGUGACGUGGUCCCGCACUUUCAGAAAAUCCAGGACUUCGAUGAAUCUUUUUACAGACAAUUCCACAUCAUCGUCUGCGGGUUGGAUUCCAUAAUUGCCAGAAGGUGGAUGAAUGGCAUGCUGCUGUCACUCUUGACGUAUGAGGAUGGGGUGUUGGACCCCAGCUCGAUCGUCCCGCUCAUCGAUGGAGGGACGGAGGGCUUUAAGGGCAGCGCCCGGGUCAUCCUCCCUGGUAUGAACGCCUGCAUCGACUGCACCCUGGAGCUUUACCCCCCCCAGAUUAAUUUCCCCAUGUGCACCAUUGCGUCCAUGCCGCGAUUACCUGAGCACUGCGUAGAGUACGCCCGCAUGCUGCAGUGGCCCCGAGAAAAGCCCUUUGGAGAUGGCAUAGUGUUGGACGGUGAUAACCCAGAACACAUCCAGUGGGUGUUCCAGAAGGCCCAGGAGAGGGCAGCGGAGUUCAGCAUUACCGGAGUUACUUAUCGCCUCACACAGGGUGUUGUCAAGAGGAUUAUCCCUGCUGUUGCGUCCACCAAUGCAGUAAUAGCAGCUGCAUGUGCAUCAGAAGUCUUUAAAAUCGCCACAAGUGCUUAUGUUCCCUUAAAUAACUACCUGGUGUUUAACGAUGUGGAUGGCUUGUACACAUACACCUUUGAAGCUGAGAGGAAGGAGAACUGCUCAGCCUGCAGCCAGGUGCCCCAGAAGCUGCACUUCCCCCCCUCAGCCAGACUGCAGGAGGUGCUGGAGUACCUGACGGAGAAUGCCUCUCUGCAAAUGAAGUCUCCAGCCAUCACGGCGACACUGGAGGGGAAAAAUAAAACCCUUUAUUUACAGACUGUUGCCUCGAUUGAAGAGCGAACAAGACCGAAUCUUUGCAAAACUUUAAAAGAACUGGGCCUGGCUGACGGGCAGGAACUGGCCGUGGCUGAUGUCACCACCCCUCAGACCGUCAUCUUCAAGCUCAACUUUACGUCCUGAUCCAGCACACACACACACACACACACACACACACUCCCGCUCCCUCACAAGAGCACUUGGACAUCAACCAUUUAAAUGCCGUCACCUCUAAUGUACAUACACUGUACUUCCUGUUUCAUGUAUGCGUAUUCUUAGUGCUCUUGCGAGCCCUCAUUGCUGGUGUCUCUUCGCUCGUGUGUGUGUGUGUGUGUGUGUGUGUGUGAGAGAGAGAUGCACAGUAUGGGGCUUGUGAUUAGCGCGCAUUCAGGCAGUGUGAUUGCCAAGCACCAUUCAUCUCAGUUCACGUGGAGACCAAGUACUACAUUUUGACUUGCUUUAGGUCUUCUGCAACUGACUGGCUGGACUGCAUAGAGCUGACCACAGCAUAGAGCUGACCACAGCUUUCAGCUGACUGGCUGGACUGCAUAGAGCUGACCACAGCUUUCACCUACUGUGUGAUACUUAGCGAACAGCCAGCCUACUGUUGAAAGGUGUCCUGUUUGAGUGUGCGCACUUUCACACGAGUGUGUGUUAAAUAGUGAGCCCGUGCACACUGUAUAUUUGUCACUGAUGAUGUUUUUUGUUUUAUCUGUAAGGUUCACUUUAAACUAUCGUGUCCAGGAUUAAGUAUAAAUGCGCUUCCAUAUCUGAAGGCUUGAGGACAAAAAGCCCUCUGUGUACCAUAAUUAAAUGUUUUGCUUAAACUGUG